AUGGAAACUCCCGCCAAGCAAAAAGUGGUCAUUGUCGGCGCGGGUCCAGUCGGGUGUCUCGCGGCUCUCUAUGCUGCUGCCAGGGGCGACGAUGUCGAGCUGUAUGAGCUUCGAGGAGAUCUCAGAGUUCCUGGCACUGUGCCCUUGAAUUUCACAAAAUCCAUCAAUCUUUCUUUGUCUUAUCGCGGAAUCACGGCAAUGCGGCAUGCAAACCGGGAGAAUGUGAUCAAAGAGAUUCUCGAACAGGUCGUGCCAAUUUCUGGGCGCAUGAUUCAUGGGAGAGACGAUGGGAAGCUAUGGGAAGCACCACAAGCUUACGAUGUCCAUGGCCGGGGCAACUAUUCGGCGGACAGAGGGAUGCUGAGCGACGUGUUUCUCGAUGAGUUGGAGCGAACGCCCAACAUCAAACUAUUCUUCAACCACAAGCUGACAGGCGCUGAUUUCCACGCCAAAAAAGCCUGGUUCGAGCGUCGAUUGCCCGGCGAAUCACCCCUUCCAGGCUCAUCCGGCCGCGUCCCCGAAAUACAGGUGGACUUCGACUUUCUGAUCGGUGCAGACGGUGCUCACUCGGCCAGCAGAUACCACAUGAUGAAGUUUGCCCGCGUCGACUACCAACAGGAGUACAUUGACACGUUGUGGUGCGAGUUCCGCAUCUCACCAUCACCGCAGAACGAGUUUCUCAUCUCGCCCAGCCAUCUCCACAUCUGGCCUGGGAAGGAGUUCAUGUUCAUCGCUCUCCCGUCCGUCGACAAGUCCUUCACCUGCACCCUAUUCGCGCCAGCAACCCACUACACCAAGCUCGAGCGCUCCACCGAAGACCUCCUCGAGUUCUUUGACGUGCACUUCCCAGGCGUCUGCCCAGAACUCAUCUCUCCCUCCGAGCUCGUCACUCAAUUUACCUCAAACCCUCACCUCCCCCUCAUUAGCAUCAAAUGCAAGCCACAUCAUUACAACUCCACUGUCGUCAUCGUCGGCGAUGCCGCCCACGCUGUCCUUCCCUUCUACGGACAAGGCCUGAACGCCGGUCUUGAAGACAUCCAAUUCCUCUUCGAAUGCCUCGACAAACAUGGCGUCUACGGCCCCGAAAGUCACAAGCACAGUUCUGCAUCGCGCGCCCUUGCCCGCCAGUUGGCGUUCCAGGAAUACACCGACGCUCGCUCCGCCGACGCACACGCUAUCAAUGACCUCUCCAAGCAGAACUACGUUGAAAUGCACUCGGGCGUCAAACAACCCCUCUACAGAUUACGCAAGUACGUUGAGGAGGCCCUGUACCACUACGUGCCACGUCUCGGUUGGCAGACCCAGUAUACCCGUGUCAGCUUUAGCAACCAGCGCUACUCGGAAAUCAUUCGGGUGAACCGCAGGCAAGGCAGGAUUCUGGGUGCCGUAUUCGGUUCGACGCUGUUGUCGGCGUUGGCUGUCGCUACGGUCUUUGCCUGGAAGCAACCUGGGAGGUUCUUCUCGCCACUAACGGGGUUGAGAGAUCUAGUGAAGGGUCUUUUGUCCAGAUAG